AUGUCUCUACAAAGGAUCCUCACAGUCUCUUCCCUUUUCAUCUUCUUUGCUAGUCCAUUAGUUACUAGAGCUGAAGAAGUUACUUGCAAUCACAAUACUCUAGUAUGUGAAUGUACAGCUACUAAUCCUAAUGAUGUGUGCGAGUUUACGUUUGAUAUUGAGAUACUACAGACGUUCACUCGAUAUCUGCUGGAUAAUACUGGAAAUUCAAGAGGUACUGCAGGCAGUGUCUGGCACAUUAAUAAUGGAGAAUGGGAACCAGUUGAUUAUGAUCCUAGUAUGGGCCGUAACACUCUCUGUGAUAGUUCUGUUGAUAGUACUAACUGCACUCAACCAUUUGGUGUUGAUGGAUUAGCAUCAGAGAGUGUAUCUGUACACUGGCAUGGGAUGCAUCAAAGGAACAGUAACUGGAUGGAUGGAGUGGAGCAUGUUACACAGUGUGGUAUACCCCCAGGAGCUAGUUUUACUUAUUAUUUCUAUGCUAGACCAUCUGGUACUCACUGGUACCACUCUCACAGUGGAGCUCAGAGAACUGAUGGACUCUUUGGAGCUCUCAUUGUUAAAGAGAAGGAGCAAGGUAAUGCACAAUACACUGCCUUCCUGAACAAGUUGAAUGACACAAACAUACAGGAGGACACUUAUGUGGAUAAUCCUAAUGAACACACUCUCACUCUUCUUGACUGGCAGAAGAGUAGCUCACUGGAUCUCUUCACACUAAUACACUCAACUAUAAGAUACUUUGACAUUGACAAAGCAUCGCAACUACAAGGAUCAGGAGCUGAUAGAACCUAUUCAUCAGAUGGUGCAGAGAUAGGGCCCGUGCCUUAUUGGUCUGGACUAAUAAAUGGAAGAGGAAGGCAUAAUAGUGUUAAUUACAUCAAUUCUAGCUUAAGCGAGUUCAAAGUUACUGCAGGACAAACUUAUCGAUUUCGUUUAAUUGGUGCUCAGAGUCUUUAUGCUUAUCGUUUCUCAAUAGAAGAUCAUAAAUUAAUCGUCAUAGCAACUGAUGGUCAGUUUAUUGAACCUAUUGAAGUCGAUUAUAUCAUAAUACAUUCUGGAGAAAGAUAUGACUUCCUUUUGAAAACAAAAUCGGAGACUGAUCUAGUCACCACUCAACAGUUCAUGAUACGUGCAGUUACAUUAAGUUUUACUGCAACAUCAACUUAUGCAACAGAACAGUCAGCAGAAGCUAUUCUCAAUUACAACAGUGCUACUACACCAUCCAGUCAAUAUGCAAAUAUCGCAGCUAGAAGUCAAACUGUUAGUCAAAGGUGCAUUGAUAGUGAUAAGUGUGUAGCUCUUAACUGUCCAUUCGAGAAAUUUCCAGAUAAUUUCAACAUCAACUGUACUCAUAUUCAUCAAUUGCAACUGCUAACUGACUAUCCUGGAGACCUGCCUGAUGUUGCUACUAGUAAUAAUUCAAGGUUAUUCUUCAAUUUCGGUUUUGAAGGAACACGUCAGACCAGCACUAUUAAUGGACGUAACCUAAAACUACCAUCAGCAUCACUGGCACAGCUUGAGGCAAGCGAAUUGACCAAUAUUAGGAAUAAUGAAUAUUGUGAAGAUGAGAAAAAUGAGAAUGAUGAAAAGAAGUGUGAUCGUGAUAACACAGAAGAAGUCAUAUCCACCGAUUGCUACUGCACUCAUGUCAUUGAGGAAGAGGCUGACCAGUCAAUUGAGUUAGUGAUAUCAGCCACUGGACCAAACCCUACACAACUAGAGAACUUUCUAUUUGCUCAUCCAAUCCAUCUACAUGGUCACUAUUUUCACGUCGUUGAUAUUCAAUUUGGAACAACUGAUCCUGUCACAGGAAGACUUACCGCUGGUAAUAGUGAUAUUGAUUGUGGAGGUGAUACACUAUGUGUUAGACCUCGCUGGAAACCUAAUAGGGACUACUCUACACGUACAGGAGUGACAGGUAGGGUCUCAUCUAAAGCUCCAUUAAAGGAUACUCUGUUAAUACCAGCUGGUGGGUAUGCUGUUGUGUAUUUUAAAACUGAUAAUCCUGGUUGGUGGUUCCUACACUGUCAUAUUGAGGUACAUCAAUUGGAGGGAAUGGGAGUCAUCAUUAAUGAAGGAGGCUUUAAAACACCACCACCUGAUGGCAUGAAUAAAUGUGGAAAUUUUCAACUCACAACAAAUGAGUUUAAUGAAGCAAUUGCUGUUACUACAUCACCAACACCAACACCAACAUCAACUGAAGGUGGAAGUUCUACAGGGUAUAUUAUUGGCAUCUCAAUCACAUCUGUGGUUGCAUUUCUGGAGUUUAUCAUAAUAAUCAUAUUAAUAAUCUUAUUAUGCUUAAAGUAA